GGGUUCGACGUACGCGGCUCGCGGCACGCAGCCAGACGCGAGACAAAUCGAGCCGCGAUCCACUAUCCUGUCCGUCCCCGUCUCCCCGACCUCUCGAUUCGCCGCUCGCCUGCUCGUCGGAGCCCGGAGGCCGUCCCAGCCUGGCGCCUGCCUCCCCUUCGCGCCCGUCCGGAGCACGGCGUCAACCGCGCCCUCCGCGCCCAGCGCCCACUGCACCUGGCGCCCGCCGCGCCGCCUAAUCCGCAAUCCGUCACUCGGCUGGCAGGCGGCACCGCGGCAGCAACCUUGCUCCUGUGGCAUUUAGUCUGAUUUGAGAGAUGGAGAAGGAAUCUUUGGUGGCUGACGCAGGUCCUAGUAGGUACCUUGUGACCUCAAUGCUGGACAGUCUUGCUGAAUUCCGUAACAUACCCUUCUAUACGAAUAAUUUAAAGUAUCCCUGGGAGGAAGAUGAGGAGGAGAUUAAGGCGAAUGAAUACGAUGGAAUUGAUUAUAAUAAAGUAUCGAGCAAACCAUGGCCAUCCAUGCCAUAUAGAUCUAGUAAGAGAAGAGGGGGAAGAGGAAGCAAUUCUGUUGAUCCCCAACAUGGGAAAUGGCCUCACCGCAAGAAAGUGGAUUCGCCGCAACCGCUCUUAACUAGUGAAGAAGUUCUUCGUGUUCGUUUGGACAUGUACAAUUUGAAAGAAUCUCAGAAUUCAGAAGAGUCCCUCUUCAAUUGCCUCACAUCUAAGGAGGAGCUGAAGGUCAACUUCCCUCACACCAUGACAUACUAUUAUCAUUCCAUUCGUGACGGCCUGAAAGCAAAGUCUUACCCGCACUUCUUUCACCAAUUUGUUGGGAAGUUUUCAUCUCCAUGCUGUAACUAUAUUGAACCUACGACUCUGGAAGGUGAUUUGCAAUACAUCGAUUUCUUUGACAAACUAAUGGAGUCAGCGAGGUACAGAGAGACCAAAGACGGGGUGCUAGCCAAGGCUAUUGUCAUUGCAAACAAGUUUUUCCAAAAAAUGCUGUUUUUUCAAAUUAGGAUUGCUGUUGAUGAGUACUUACAGCUCAUGCAUCAUCUCGAGAAGAUGGCGCAGAGGCAUAAGCUGUACUAUUACAUUGUGCAUGAAGAGCUAAUUGAGAAAAAGGAGCGUAAAGCUAUUUUCAAGCACAUCCAAGAAGGAAGAGUUCGUUUAUUCUAUGAUCUUACCGAGUUUGCUGCUCUAGAGUUGGAGGAUUGUGAAUAUACUGUACAAGACACGGUCGAACGUCUUAAAGAACUUACUGGUGGUAAGUCUCCUCCAAAGAAAAGCAUCAAAGAUGGCACUUACAAAAGGCGUAUCUGUAAUGAGAUCGAUAAGCUGUUCCCAAGAGAAAUCGAGCUUUAUACGUCUUUUCUCAAACAGAAAAUGAAGACAGCUGAAGAACACAAUGUUAUACCCAAGGCAAACUUCUAAAGGAACUUGUGAACGUUUCCGUAGUUUAUCUAACUUUGAGUCAAGAGAGAAAGAACUAGAGCUAUCUAUGUGUGUCACCUGCUAUUUCUCAGUGAAAGGAUUUGUUUAUGAUACUGCAGAAGGGACCUGAAGAAAAAUAUAGAGGUGAUUAGCCAAGCGCGUGAACUUUGCCAUUUCAUCAAGUUGACGAUUGCUUGAGGCUAGAGCAUUCAAUAUGUUAAGAUUUGGUUGAAGCUGGUGGCAUAGAACAUUUCUAUUUAUGUAGUUUUCUAGUAUUAUUAACAGGUUGUAUGAAACACUGAUUGACUAUAAUAAACGUACUAGUACAAAAUUGGGCAUGAUAGAGCUUUCGGACA